UUGUAACGACAAGCUUUAAUUCUUCAAGGGGCUCAAUAAGUACACAGAGCACUUUAACUAGCCCUACUUCAUAUACUAAACGAAUGUUAAUAGAAGGGAAUAAUGGAAUUAAUUCCAUCCCAAUGAGUCCUGAUGGUGAUACUAUUACAGAAAUUCCAGUUAUUAAAAAAAGUAAUACUUUAAAAGAACGUAACUCCUCAAGAGAAAGGAAAUUAACUAUAAGAGGAUGGUCAUUGAAUCGUAAUCGAA